AUGGUCGCUCACGAGGGUCACGAAACGGCUACUAGUUCGAUGGAUAUGGGCGGCAUGGAUAUGGGUACUUCGUCACAUGGCAGCAUGGCGAUGGCUUUCUUCACGGCGACGAACACUCCGCUAUACUCCGAAGCGUGGACCCCUACGACUGCUGGUCAAUACGCUGGGACAUGCAUCUUCCUUAUCUUCCUAUCUAUCCUCCUCCGUGCAGUCUUUACAGCGAAAACCUUGCUCGAGGUCAGAGCAGUUAAGAGCGCCUUGAAGCGACGAUAUGUUGUCGUUGCGGGAGAAAGAGCGGUUAUCGAGAAAGCUACGGAUGACGCCAACUCGAUGACUGGUAUUCUUACAACAAAUGGUGUUCAGGAAGAUGUGCGGGUUGUCUCGGCACCUGUAUCUCAUAUUCAGCCAUGGAGGUUCAGUGUCGAUCUGCCUAGGGCACUCAUAAUGACGGUUGCAGCCGGUGUCGGAUACCUCCUCAUGUUGGCAGUUAUGACAUAUAAUGUGGGAUACUUUUUGUCUGUUUUGGCAGGUGCUUUUGUCGGCGAACUGGCAUUUGGCAGGUUCAACCAAGUUGCGGCCCAUUGA